CCACCAAGGCACUGGUCCUGUUUUUGCCAUAUUAAUCUCUCUCCUCUCUCUCUCUCUUCCCACAACCCCAUUUCCUUACCCUUCCUUUAUUCCUUCCCUCCUUUUCUCUUGCUAGGGUUAGGGCUUUUUAGUUGAGCUCAAAGGAUGCUCCCUGGGACUGUGCCUCCUGUGGGACGGUUGAUCUUUGGUGGGUGGCACGCAAAUAUUUGCUCGACAGCAUCCAUGAAUUAGGGAGCCCGUCAGCUGUACUUUGAGAUGGAAAGGCGUGAUGGCUCCGUAGCUAAAAGAGUGGAGGCCUAUUUGAAACAGGGUGCUGAUCUGAAUCCACUGGGUGCCACAGUUUCUGUGAAUGUUAUGGAUAAUGAAGCAGCACCUGCCUUUGUAGUAGACCAGGGGCUAUACUGUCCUGCUGCAACUGGCUACUAUGGGUAUUACUGUACAGGCUAUCAAGCAGCUGGAGACUGGGACAACCACGGUAGGGUCUUGCAAGUGGAUAACCAAGAUCUCCAGUACUCUGCUCUUCAAGCUGAAGGUUUGCCCUAUGUAUAUUACCCACCAAAUUAUGGAUAUGCACAGUCUGCUUACAACCCAUUCAACCCCUAUAUACCUGGAGCUAUCAUUGGCAUGGAUGGCCAGUUUGUAGGGUCUCAACCAUAUUAUGGCAGUACAUCUUAUCAACAUGCUGUCUCGUCUUCCAGUUUCUCUCCAAUAGUUUUUCAGCCUAGUUCUGACAUUCCAACUUGUAGUUUACCUGCCAAUUCAUUGCUUAGUGUUCCUAGCUCGAGUUCCAGUGGACUAGAUGGUGCAGGUGGAACAUAUGCAACACCUGCUUCUGUGACUACGGUAACCAUCUCUGAUGGCCCGUUAAAGCCUAAAAGAGAAGUGGAAAAACAGGGUACUUCCAUUCAGACUCUGAAACCUAUAGAUAUAAAGUCUGUUCCAGUUGCCAGUAAAGUUGCAACAUGUGCAGUGCCUUCUUCAUCCAUGAGCAAAGUGAAUGCCUCUGAUGGCCAUUCUUCACAUUCUUCUGAGGCUGGGAGAGUGGGGCAGCAUCAGGCUGUUCCUGUUCAGAAGCUUCAACCCGCACAUGUAAAACCUGGAACCUCUGAAGGUGCCGUGAGGCAGUUGACUUCACCAGAAAUAUUCUCCUCCACCAGUACCUCUCAGAGUUCAAGUGCUCCUGCAACUAUUCAAGUGAAAGAUUAUAUCCCUUUAAGGAGGUUGACACCAGUUCAGAGGCCUGUUAAUAUUACAGUGACCACAGGUGUGAAUGGAGUCGUUGAUGUUGGCUCUGGUCAUCAUGGAUGGCCUAUGAAUAACAAGUCCAACAAACCGUUGCAUUUUGGUAUGGCUAUGAUCAAUGUGGAUAGAAGCCCAGAUGCAUUGAGUGAACAAAACAGGGGCCCUAGAACAAGUAGGUCUAAAAAUCAGUGGACUUCUCCACUUUCUUUAAGAGUCUAUUCAACUCGGCCUUUCAGUAAUGACAUGAAGGAGAAUAUAUUGAUCUAUGCUGAUCACUACAACAGAGAUGAUUUUCCUGUUAGCUAUCCUGAUGCCAAAUUCUUUGUGAUAAAGUCUUAUAGUGAAGACGACGUGCACAAAAGUAUCAAAUAUAACGUAUGGUCAAGUACUCCGAAUGGAAACAAGCGGCUAGAUGCUUCCUAUGCAGAUGCACAGAGAAGGUCAGGAGGAAAGCAUAGAGCAUGUCCUGUUUUUCUUUUCUUUUCAGUUAAUGCGAGUGGGCAGUUCUGUGGUGUUGCAGAAAUGAUUGGUCCUGUUGACUUUCAGAAGGAUAUGGAUUUUUGGCAGCAGGACAAAUGGAAUGGUAGCUUUCCUGUCAAGUGGCACCUAAUAAAGGAUGUUCCAAACCCUCAUUUUCGGCACAUAAUCUUAGAGAAUAAUGAAAAUAAGCCAGUGACUAAUAGCAGGGACACACAGGAGGUAAAGUAUAGUCAAGGUAUUGAGAUGCUGAAGAUUUUCAAGAGUUACUCUUCAAAGACUUCCAUUUUGGAUGAUUUCAUGUAUUAUGAGGAGCGUCAACAAGCUUUAUUUGAUAAGAAAACGAAGUAUCAAAAUCAGAGCUACAAGGACUUUACCUUGGACAUGUCAAUGACCAACAGCAAACUGGUUGGCACUGUUGAUCUGCAGACAAGUCAGGUGCUACCACAAACUGCUAAUGAUGCCAAUGAAGACACCAUGACUGUUCCAGUUGAGGAUGUUGAUAAUAUGUUGUCGACUGUGAAAAUUAGUUCCCUUGCAAGUGAGCCAGAAGAAAAACACAGUAAUGUAUCCAGUGACAUUGUCACAGUGGGCUCAAUGCCGAUCAAGGUUAAUGGCUACAAUUCUGUUUUCUCCUCCUCUUCUGCUGACAAGGCCGAGGGAUCUGAUGACAAUUUGAGUAUCCUAACCGUGGGGACAAUUUCCAUCGAUCCAAAAGCCCUAAGACUUGGCAAACAUGGUAGUUUUGCUGCUGGAAAUCGCUCUACCUGUGGAGUAUAACUUCCAAAUGCUUUUCUGUGCAUCAUUUAAUGUCACUUGAAUUUUGUUCCGUGGGGAUCGUAUUGCUGCAUCUACAUCAGAAUUUUGGUGAUCACCAUCCACUCUCAAGUGAUUGGCAUUGUGCAUUGUACUUUAAUGACUAGGACUAGGAUAAGUGGUCCAGUUCAACUUCAGCUUUGGUUUUCCGGUGGCAUCUUAAUGAUUGGUAUCUGGCGUUCUUCUGUAGAAAGCGCCAGUUAGUAAUGGUUGUUUGCACUUACCCUGUCUGAUCAGCAGAGCGGCUUACAGAUUUUUAUGUUUGAUUCUUUUGUUGGGGCUACUAUGAAAGUUCCCUGGCUGUAAGAUUUUUUCUUCUUUAAUACAAAUAUAGUUUGUUGGAGAAAACUUGUUUUA